CAUAUACUUGAUAUCCAAAAUAAUAAAUGGACAGGUUAUAAAAAGCCUUAUAUUUCAAAAACUCUUAAGCAAAUUCUUUACCUUCCUAAAGAAGAACCCUCUCUUAUAGAAAUUGAGAAUACUGUCGAAAAGCUAAAAGAAUCAAUUAAUUCAGAAAGAACACGAAUUGAGGAGGCCAUUAAGGAGCUAAAAGA